UCUUAGGGAGAAGCUUGUAAUCACACUUUUUAAAAAAUCUUGUCAUACUGAUUCUGUUCCUCAACACAUCCAGUAAUCAAGAGAGGACCACAUCAAAAUGAUCAUAAGCGUUAAGUUAUGGCUUCUUGUUUCUUUAUCUUCUGUUGCAGCAGAUUUAACAUCUUAUGUUCCACAACUGACUAACAGUCCCAUUCUAGGGAGAGUGACAACUUCUACGUUUGCACUAGACAAACCCCAGUGUCUAUUUGGGAAGAAUUCAUCUAACACUGUUUGGUUAGUUGUUGCUACAAGCACAGCUUCUGUGGGCGAUUCAUUACUGCAGGCCAAAACAUCCUACCGUGAUUUUAGUACGACAGGAUACUACCAUACCUACGCACAUGACGAGACAUUCUAUAAUUGCACUAGUACUCCUGAGUAUAUGAGAGUUGGCGGCGAUUCUGUCUGCAGUGUCACAGACACUUACUGCAAUAAGUAUUUACCACAAGGAACUUACAAGGUGAAAUUUGUGGUCUUCAAUAAUACAAAUAUAUUGAUUGAUCAAACAAAGUGGUCAAAUUUAAUCACACUUAGUGCAGGAAAGGAUCCAGCAGGAAUUGAUACUUGGCCAGGAGGACGUAGUGGGUGUAUGAUUGUUAUUACUUCUAUACUAUCAGUCCUACUUGCUUUGGUCGUUGCUGCUCUGAUUGGGGCUUUCAUCAUUGGAAGAAAAAACCUUCCAUGUUUUACACAGAAGACACAAAGUAAACCGAAAACUAUGCCUCAAGAAAUUGAUCUGAAGAAUUAUAAAACACACCAUGUGUCUGAAUUUUAUGACUUGCCAACGCACUAGCUUUUAGCUUCACAUACUAUGACCCUUUAAAAAAGGGCCCCAUCCGCCGGCAAAAUACAAUUGUACUUCAGGAGGGAUUCUCCCAUCAACACUGACUGUGCUGAUGGGGGAAUCAAGUGAUUUUCUUUCCUUCCACCCAUGGUGGCUUGCCUUAGAGAUUGUCCAUUUCAAAGAGCAAAAA